CGGCGGCGCGGACGGCCGUCGGGGCUGGGCGGCGGCGGCGGCGGCGGCGGCGGCGGCUGAGGAGGGCCGGGUCUGCUGGAGCCCCGGGGAGAGCCGGCCUCAGCGCGCCGCCACCAUGUCGGCGCCGUCGGAGGAGGAGGAGUACGCGCGGCUGGUGAUGGAGGCGCAGCCCGAGUGGCUGCGCGCCGAGGUGAAGCGGUUGUCUCACGAACUAGCAGAGACCACGCGCGAGAAGAUCCAGGCGGCCGAGUACGGGUUGGCGGUGCUGGAGGAGAAGCACCAGCUCAAGCUGCAGUUUGAGGAGCUCGAGGUGGACUAUGAGGCCAUUCGCAGCGAGAUGGAGCAGCUCAAAGAGGCAUUUGGACAGGCGCACACAAACCACAAGAAGGUGGCUGCAGAUGGUGAGAGCCGGGAAGAGAGCCUGAUUCAGGAGUCGGCCUCCAAGGAGCAAUACUAUGUGCGGAAGGUCCUGGAGCUGCAGACCGAGCUGAAGCAGCUGCGCAAUGUCCUCACCAACACGCAGUCAGAGAAUGAGCGCCUCACAUCAGUGGCCCAGGAGCUGAAGGAGAUCAACCAGAAUGUGGAGAUCCAGCGCAGCCGCCUGCGAGAUGACAUCAAGGAAUACAAGUUCCGGGAGGCCCGCCUGCUACAGGACUACUCCGAGCUGGAGGAAGAGAACAUCAGCCUGCAGAAGCAAGUGUCUGUGCUCAGACAGAAUCAGGUGGAGUUUGAGGGCCUCAAGCAUGAGAUCAAGCGCCUGGAGGAGGAGACCGAGUACCUCAACAGCCAGCUGGAAGACGCCAUUCGACUCAAGGAGAUUUCUGAACGGCAGCUGGAGGAGGCGCUAGAGACGCUGAAGACAGAGCGGGAGCAGAAGAACAGCCUGCGCAAGGAGCUAUCUCACUACAUGAGCAUCAACGACUCCUUCUACACCAGCCACCUGCAGGUCUCCCUGGAUGGCCUCAAGUUCAGUGAUGACACUGCUGCUGAGCCCAACAAUGACGCUGAGGCCCUAGUCAACGGCUUUGAGCACGGUGGCCUGGCCAAGCCGUCGCUGGACAACAAGACAUCCACACCCAGGAAGGAUGGGCUGGCACCACCCUCCCCCAGCCUUGUCUCUGACCUGCUCAGCGAGCUCCACAUCUCGGAGAUCCAGAAGCUGAAGCAGCAGCUGGUGCAGAUGGAGCGGGAAAAGGUGGGCCUGCUGGCAACGCUGCAGGACACGCAGAAGCAGCUGGAGCAAGCACGGGGAGCCCUGUCGGAGCAGCAUGAGAAGGUGAGCCGCCUCACGGAGAACGUGAGUGCCCUGCGGCGCCUGCAGGCCAGCAAGGAGCGGCAGACAGCCCUGGACAAUGAGAAGGACCGGGACAGCCAUGAGGACGGUGACUACUAUGAAGUAGAUAUCAAUGGGCCCGAGAUCCUGGCCUGCAAGUACCAUGUGGCUGUGGCUGAGGCUGGGGAGCUCCGCGAGCAGCUGAAGGCACUGCGCAGCACACACGAGGCCUCGGAGGCACAACACGCAGAGGAGAAAGGCCGCUAUGAGGCUGAGGGCCAGGCGCUCACUGAGAAGGUCUCCCUGCUGGAGAAGGCCAGCCGCCAGGAUCGCGAACUGCUGGCCCAGCUGGAGAAGGAGCUGAAGAAGGUGAGCGAUGUGGCUGGUGAGACACAGGGCAGCCUGAGCGUGGCCCAGGAUGAGCUGGUCACCUUCAGUGAGGAGCUGGCCAAUCUCUACCACCAUGUGUGCAUGUGCAACAAUGAGACGCCCAACCGAGUCAUGCUGGACUACUACCGUGAGGGCCAGGGUGGGGCCGGCCGCACCAGCCCUGGGGGCCGCACCAGCCCCGAGGGCCGCGGGCGCCGCUCACCCAUCCUCCUGCCCAAGGGGCUGCUGGCCACAGAGGUGGGUCGAGCAGAUAGUACAGCUGGGGACAGCAUCCCCUCUCCCAGCUCUUCACUGCCAUCACCCCUGAGUGAUCCCCGCCGGGAGCCCAUGAACAUCUACAACCUGAUUGCAAUCAUCCGCGACCAGAUCAAGCACCUGCAGGCUGCCGUGGACCGCACAACGGAGCUGUCCCGGCAGCGCAUCGCCUCGCAGGAGCUGGGUCCUGCUGUGGACAAGGACAAGGAGGCACUCAUGGAGGAGAUCCUCAAGCUGAAGUCACUUCUCAGCACCAAGCGGGAGCAGAUCACCACGCUGCGCACUGUGCUCAAGGCUAACAAGCAGACGGCUGAAGUGGCCCUUGCCAACCUGAAGAGCAAGUAUGAGAACGAGAAGGCCAUGGUGACUGAGACCAUGAUGAAGCUGCGUAAUGAGCUCAAGGCCCUCAAGGAAGAUGCCGCCACUUUCUCCUCACUGCGAGCCAUGUUUGCCACCAGAUGUGACGAGUAUAUCACACAGUUGGAUGAGAUGCAGCGGCAACUGGCAGCCGCAGAGGAUGAGAAGAAGACACUUAACUCCCUGUUGCGCAUGGCCAUCCAGCAGAAGCUGGCACUGACCCAGCGGCUGGAGCUGCUGGAGCUGGACCACGAGCAGACCCGACGGGGCCGUUCCAAGGCUGCCCCCAAGGCCAAGCCAGCCUCUCCGAGCCUGUAGAGUAGCUGCUGGGGAGGACGUGGCCACCCGGCCCUGUCACACCGCAGCCCCUUCCCCCUCCCCUCCCAUGGCCCAUGCAGAGGAAGGAAGGGCAACCUAAAAGUCCACUUAGAAACGUUUUGGAUAUGCCACUGCAAUUCUUUGCAAAAUAGCUUUCCCCAAGUUUUUAAUGGGAGUAAAAAAGCUUUAAUGUUGAGAAUGCUGCGAGCUGCUGCUUGGAAAGUCCUCUGCUCGGCCGAAGAACCUGCUUCCACAGCCCCCGCAGGCUUUCUAGAGCUCGCGGGAAUGCCCGCCAUGGGCCUCCUUAGUACACGUGUUCCUUUUUUAUCAGAUCAACCUGUGCACUUUUGAUAUUUUGAUAUUAUAUUUGCUUCCUUGAUUCCUCGCGUAGACAGUCUCAGAUGCCGUGGUCUGUGGUCGUGGUCCUGUAACUGUCCGUCUUAGCUCCUGGCGUGUUGAUCUGGCGUCAGCACGAGACAGAGCUGUGUGCUCCGUAGUGUGUAGCUCUAGACUGGAGAGGAGGCUUCAACCCAGCAAGGAGUUCAGCUCAGACUAUCCACGCUGUGGUUCAGCCUUUUAGGUUAUACGGCGUUAUGGCUCAUGUUUGAAAUUACAGAUUUUAAAUGCCAUGUUCAUUAAGAAAUCCAGGGUAUUCCGAUUCUGGGGUUUUUCAUAUUGUAUUAUUAUUAUUCUUAGGAAUAGUUCAAUGUAACAAGAAGAAAACUUGACCUUUGCUCUGGUUAAAACAAUAAUAGGCACUUGAAGAAAAAAAGAUAAAUUAUUGAAUGAGUAGUAUUACCUACAAAUUCCAGAAUUGUCUGGGUUUUAGGACAUUGUGAAGCAUGACUGAUUAACAGAAUUUUAUACAACUGUACCAGUGAAAUUCCAAAUUGGAAUUGUUUUGUUACUCUGGUUGUUGUGCCAAAUUGUGGUACACUUAGAAAAUUCUAGAGUUGUCGAUUUUUAGGGUGUUCUAUUUCAACGCCUUUUUGUUAGUAAUCAUUGCCAGUAGUGCCUUCAUCAGUUUCGGGAGGUGUCCCAGCGAAGUCGAUUCUCUAAAAUGUGCGGCAAAGAGCUAGUUGGGAGGCCGAAGGCUGGUGUGGACCAGCAGGUGGGAGUAGGCACUCACCUCGCACCUGCACCUGGGCAUCUUCAUCGAGGGAAAGGAAACAGUGAUUGUGCAGAAUUCUGUUAGUCAGUGAUUCUUUACUUACAAAUUCAGGGGCUUAGAAAACAAAAACAAACACAAAACCUUGAGUGUGUUUUGGGAACCAAAUGGACUUUAUGGGACAAGCUAAGCAAGCUGUACGAACACCAUGUUUGUAAAGAGCUGAGGGCUUCGAGAGCCGGCGUAGUCGGCGGGAGUGGGGGACGAGGGUUAGCCAUAGUAUUCUUUGCAAAUGUGAAAACGAGACAUUAUAUCUUCUCUUGCUUGGUGUAACUAAUCACUGUUAAUUUCAGGAAACAGAACUCAUUAAAGCUCCUUAGCAAACCAGAUCUGCAUUCUGUUUUGUUUGCUGAGCGAGGUUCACGGGUGUGGUCAAAUUGGUACUAUUGGAGGAAGAAAACUGUCCUCCGUCCUCCAAAAAAAGGGACAAAUUGUAAUAAUAUAAAUUGCAAGAGUCAAAGAAUUCUGUUUCCUGGAAUGAGCAUUUCUUAUUCCUCGUUGUUGGGACUCCUAUUUUUACCUUCUGUUACAGUGUUGAUUCAUAAGAAAUAUUGUUACAUUUGAGAUAACUUCAUCUGUAUGGGGUAUUUAUUUGCAAUGAUGUCUAAGUACUGUAUUUUUUCUGUGCAUUACUUUAGUGUCAGAAUGUUGGUCUUUAUUUUUAAAGUCAUAUGCAUGUUUUCCUGCCAAGGAACCUUUACACAGACCCAAACAAACAAAUAAUAAUAAGCAGAUGCCUUCAAUUUCUGAGAAAAUGAGGCAGAGCAUGGAAAAGGAAUAGGAAGGAGAAAUUAAUUGAGACUCUCUGGACACAGACAUGUGACAUGAAUGUCUACAAAGCCAGCACGCAUAGGAACAGAGGGCCUGGGUAAAGAGUCACGUUGGUAGGACCAAUAAAUAAAGAAUAAUAAAAAGACAAAGCACAUG